AUGUGUGUUUCGUUUGUACAUGUUGUUAUCAGUAUUCAUGAUGUUGUGUGGGUGUAUCUCGGCCGAAAAUUCAAGAAAAGCCAUCACCACCGUCGUGAGGUGGUUGCCACCUCCUACCACCGUGAACCGUCGUCGACCACCACCGCCCGGGGUAGUAGUAGGUGGUGCUCGACCAUUGAUGGAAAGAAGGGAGACUGGGAUGGAUCUGCCGGUGAUGGUGAACAGAGGUGCUUUCCGGUCAAUUUCGGAGAUGGCGUUGUCGAUUUCGAUGGUUGUUUCCCUUUUGCCCUAAUUAUCUUAUCGAUGCUCCUUCCUUCCUCAUCCCGACUGCCGCCUUACCCUAGUUAUCGAUGCUCCUUCCUUCCUUGCUCACUUGCCAUCUUCUCUCUCUCUCUUCACCGUUUCCAUAUCCUUCCAUCUCGGGUUCUUUGCCUGAAAAUAUCUCUAGAAGUCGAUCCCAAAGCUCACCCGUGUCAAUCGGACAUCGAAACUUCCGUUGAAAGACAAUCACAUCGUCGCCGUGAAUCACACACUGCCAGGCAGUGGAAGAAGAUGAUGAUGUUUGUCGUUGCCGUAUGUUGUCCUCCCUCGUUGUCUCUAACUAUCUCUGCCCUUUCUUUAUUCUUCUCUUCUAUGACCGUCUCAUCUUCCUUCAUCUUCUCGAUUUUCCAUCAGGUAAUUAUCAGGUCGAUUUAUGCAUUUGAGAAAGCUCAGAAGUUGGAUCCCACUUCAAAACUGUCCAUCUUCAACGGAUUGAAAGGGGGCCAUAGCCUCCCUGGACCUUUUAGAGUUCUGCCACUAGCUAGGGGUUUGCAAGACAAGGAAAGUGGGUUCUACAAGCUUCUUCAGAAUAAAACCAAAACCUUUGCAAGAGCAGAUGUGGCUAGAGCACUGCAAGUUAUGGAAGAAAAAUAUUUGAAUGCGUUUGAUCUUGCCUCCAAACAUGAGGGAAGUGGGACCCUAACAAAAUGUUUCACAUGUCAACACUAUGCUUUACGGAGGUUUGUGUCAUCGAAGCAGGGGAUGCUUGUCUACUUCAUCGAUGGAAGGGGAAAGAUUGAGGUUCUUUCUCAACUGCUCUCUGAAUGA